GUAGAGAGGGGAGAGUAGAGGAGGUGGCUCAUGGGCAGAGGUGACAAGGGAGUGAUGGGAGCCGAGGAGACCUGCCCAAUGCUCCCCUCCCCCCUGCUACCCUUUGCCCUCCCAGUUCCUCCUGCCCCUGGUUCCUCUUUUUCCACUGACUCCCAGAACAGGUCAGCUCAUAAAGCCAGGCCACCUCUCUGGUGAGGCUGCAGGGGCACCGCUCAGUAUGCCCGCCCCAGCGCAGGCCUCUUGGUUGCUGUUCCCGCCGCUACUGCUGCUGCUGACCCUGCCAUCCACAGGCUCAGACCCUGUACUCUGCUUUACCCAGUAUGAGGAAUCCUCGGGCAAGUGCAAGGGCCUCCUGGGGGGAGGUGUCCGUGUGGAAGACUGCUGUCUCAACAGUGCCUACGCCUUCCAGGAGCCAGACAGCAAGCUCUGUCAGGCAUGCAGGUCCCCACAAUGGUCGCCGUGGUCCCCGUGGGACCCCUGCUCAGUGACCUGCACUGAGGGCUCCCAGCUUCGGCACCGGCGCUGCAUAGGCUGGGGUGGGCAGUGCUCUGAGAAGGUGGACCCUGGGACCCUCGAGUGGCAGCUGCAGGCCUGUGAGAUCCAGCCAUGCUGUCCUGAGAUAGGUGGCUGGUCUGACUGGGGGCCCUGGGCACCUUGCUCUGUCACCUGCUCCAAAGGGACCCAGACCCGUCGUCGAACAUGUGAUAACCCCACCCCGAAGUGUGGGGGCCACUGUCCAGGAGAAGCACAGGAAUCAAAGGCCUGUGACACGCAGCAGGUCUGCCCCACACAUGGGGCCUGGGCUGCUUGGAGCCCCUGGGGCGCCUGCUCGGGCUCCUGCCACGGUGGACCCAGCGCACCUGUGGAGAGACGAAGCCGCACGUGUUCUGCACCUGCACCCUCCACAAAUCCUCCUGGGAAGCCAUGCCCAGGGCCAGCCUAUGAGCAGAGAGGCUGCAGUGGCCUGCCACCCUGCCCAGUGGCUGGGGCCUGGGGGCCAUGGGGCCCUGUAAGCCCCUGUCCUGUGACCUGCGGCCUGGGCCAGACUAUGGAUCGACGGGCAUGUGAUCACCCUGUGCCCCAACAUGGGGGUCCCUUCUGUGUCGGUGAUGCCACUCGGAUCCACAUCUGCAACACGGCCGUGCCUUGCCCUGUGAAUGGAGAGUGGGGGCUGUGGGAGGAAUGGAGCACCUGUGUCCGCCCAAAGAUGAAACGUAUCAGCUGCGAGGAGAUCCCGGGCCAACAGACACGCCUAAGGAGCUGCAAAGGCCGCAAGUUUAACGGACAGCGAUGUGCUGGGGAUUAUCAGGAUAUCCGGCACUGCUACAACAUCCAGCGCUGCCCCUGGAAAGGCUCGUGGUCGGAGUGGAGUACCUGGGGGCUGUGCAAACCCCCCUGUGGACCCAACCCCGUCCGUACCCGCCAGCGCCUCUGCACGGCCUCACUCCCCAAGUUCGCGCCCACUGUUACGGCGGUCGAAGGUCAAGGUGAGAAGAAUGUGACCUUCUGGGGGAAACCAUCGGCAAUAUGCGACGUGCUGCAGGGGCAGAAGGUGAUGGUGGAAGAGAAUCGGCCAUGUCUACACGUGCCUGCCUGCAAAGAGCCCGAGGAUUAGAAGCUCUAACACCUCUCUUCCCUCUGACUCCCUGACCUCCCAAACCUCAAUAAACCAGCCUCUUCCCCAAGA